AUGGGAGAAGGAAACCAAACUUCUGUGGCUGAAUUUAUCUUGCUGGGACUUUCACAGGAUCCAAAGGUCCAGAUCCUGCUGUUCUGUGUUUUCCUUACCAUUUACCUUCUCUCUAUGUUUGGAAACCUGCUUAUAAUAAUCCUCAUUCAAAGUGACUCUCGACUUCACACUCCCAUGUACUUUUUCCUCAAAAACUUGUCCUUUGCUGACCUCUGUUUCUCUACAAGCAUUGUUCCUCAGAUGUUGGUCCACUUCCUCGUAAAAAGGAAAACCAUUUCCUUUGCUGGAUGCUCACUGCAGAUAAUCGUCUUCCUUUUAGCAGGGUGUACAGAGUGUGCACUUCUGGCAGUGAUGUCCUAUGACCGCUAUGUGGCUGUCUGCAAGCCCCUGCAUUAUUCCACUGUCAUGACGCAGAGGGUUUGUGUCCAGUUGGCCAUAGUGUCUUGGAUCAGUGGGGCAUUUGUAUGUUCAGUGGACAGUGCAUUUACACUGUGUCUCCCCUACCAGGGACAGAAUAUAAUUAAUCAUUAUUUUUGUGAACCUCCUGCACUCCUGAAGCUGGCUUCAGCAGACACCUACAAUGCUGAGAUGGCUCUCUUUUCAAUGGGUGUGAUUAUCCUCUUAGCACCUCUCUCCCUCAUCCUUGUCUCCUACUGGCAUAUUAUCUCAACAGUGAUUCAGAUGCAGUCAGAGGAGGGGAGGCUCAAGGUCUUUUCUACCUGUGGCUCUCAUCUCACUGUUGUGGUUCUCUACUAUGGCUCUGGAAUAUUUGCCUACAUGAGACCCAAUUCCAAGACAAUGAAUGAAAAGGAUCAGGUCAUCUCUGUGUUCUAUUCAGUUAUGACUUCCAUGUUGAACCCCAUAAUUUAUAGCCUGAGGAACAAGGACGUGAAGGGUGCUCUCAGGAGGCUGGUUGGAAGAUAG